AUGCUAACGAUAAGAGCCGUACAAAACAUCAAAAGGGUUCGAGCUGCUACUAAUGCUGAUGACUUUGAAAAUUAUUUCGAAAAUUUAAGAAGUUCUCUUCAUAAUAUACCACCUAAAAAUAUUUUAAAUUAUGACGAGACAAAUCUCGCAGAUAAUCCCGGGUCAACAAAGUGUAUUUUUAAACGUAAGAUCAAUCCGGAACGUGUAAUGAAUACUACCAAAGGCAAUAUUUCGAUUAUGUUUGCAGCGGUGGCGCAUGGUACCCUGUUGCCCACUUACACAGUUUACAAAGCUGAGCAUCUAUGGAUAACGUGGUGUGUAAAUGGACCUAAGAACGCCCGAUAUAAUAGGAGUAAAUCUGGUUGGUUCGACUCGGCAGUUUUUCAAGACUGGUUUAAUUCAGUUAUCAUACCAUGGGCAGACAAACUAGAUGGUCCAAAACUAAUUAUAGGCGACAAUCUUUCAAGUCAUCUUAAUGUUGACAUAGUGCGUAAAUAUGAAGAACGGAACAUAAGAUUCACUUUCUUACCACCAAACUCAACUCAUAUAUCUCAGCCGUUGGAUGUAGCGUUUUUCGGUCCAUUGAAAAGGAAAUGGCGCCAAGUUUUAACCCAGUAUAAAAUAGAUAAUCCAGCAGAAACACAAAUUAACAAGGCUAAUUUCCCGAUGUUGUUAAAAUCCGUACUAGAGGCUACACAAAUAACUAAUAAAGCAAAUAUUUGCCCUGGAUUCAAAGUAACAGGCAUAGUACCUUUUAAUCCCCAGAGACUAUUACGAAAGCUACCCGAUUAUGAAGAGCAAAACAAUUAUACCAUUGAUACGACACUUUUAGAUUAUUUGAAAGCAAAUCGGACACCGAACCCAGUACAAAAGACUUCACUUGAUCCAGAAGCGAGUCUUGAAGCAGAGCAAGUGACCGAUGCACUUCAUUCAGAAACCAGACAAAAGGUUACUAUUCUAUCAGAAGUAAAAUUCAGUCCUGAUAAUUACGCCUAUACUGAUUUAAAAAAGAUGUACUUGCAAACCUUAAAAGAUUUGAUCAAAACUACAACAUUGUAUCAAAUAGUAAAAAGCUUCUGCACGUCAUCCAACCUGAAGGAGAAGAGCUUUCAAAGUACAUAG